UAUCCAGUGGGCACUUUCUGUCGGUCUCACUCUCUUUCUCUCUCUAACUUUGUUUUUCUCUCUUCUGCCUCUUGAAUUCUCAGAACCCAUUUGCAUGUCGGUCGCUUAUAGAGCGUUUUAUGCUCAAUACAUAUCGUUGCCUCUCUGGUUUCAAGUCUUUCUUGGGUUUCGAGCUUGAUUGAGAAAUGAUCAUGGCUUUUCAGUCUUAUUAGACACAUACCCACUUGCUCAUUCUCUCUCUCUCUCUCUCUCUCUUUCUCUCUUAGUGAUUAAUGGGCACGAUGGAUCUUGCAGAAAAGGAAUCAUUUGGUGAUGUUGAAGCAAAUGAGAAUAAAAGAUCCUGUGUUGAUUGCAGGACCACGAAGACUCCCCUGUGGCGUGGAGGCCCAGCUGGGCCCAAGUCUCUAUGCAACGCCUGUGGGAUCAGGUACAGGAAAAAGAUGGUUUCUGUAAUGCGUAUGAGCACAGGGAGUUCAAGUGAGAGGAUUAAGAGAGAGAGAACUCACACUCAUUCCAACACUAGUAAUAGUACCACCUUAACAAACGACACAAACACUAGUGUUGGCAAAGACAAAGAUUUCAAUGAAACCUUGAAAGUGAAAUUGGACGACUUUGGAAAAGAGGUUUUGUCACAAAAGUCCCGCCCGGUUGUGAAAAAACAGAGGUGUCGUAGGAAGAGGAAGUUGAGUGAGGAAGAACAAGCUGCCGUUUUGUUGAUGUCUUUGUCUUGUGGAUCUGUUUUUGCUUGAGCAUUUUAUUUUUAUUUUUUUUGGGUUCUUUUUCUUAAAGGUGUAGUUGGGGUGAUAUAAAGUGAAGAAAACCCUACUAGGCAUAUAGUUGUCUUUGGCUUCUAUUGUUCUUUGGAGAAUUCUGUGGUGGGGUGUGAAAAAAUAUCAUACUGCGUUUUAACCGCGGAUCACAUCACAUUAAUUUUAACGUAGAUCUAACAGUUUGAACCUUUCUUAUACUUAGGUAUACUCUAAGUGCAUAAUUCUACUGUUCUUUUUGAUAGUUUGACUUUGAAUUUUCAAUUAUGGAAGUGAUAUUAUACACUAAUACACCCCACCUUUUGUUAUUUUGGGGCUUCUUUUAAGUGGAAAGAGAAGUGAGGGAAAG